AUGGCUCAGCAUUUAUCGGUGAAAGAAAAAUAUGAAAUUAUUUUAUAUAAUGAUGCGCAUUCUAAAGCUACUCAUACGCAACUUAAAAACAUAUUUGAUAUGAGAUUUAAGAAGGCUAUUUAUAAAACUACUAUCGGAAAGAUUUUAAAACAGAAGGCAAUUAUUAAAGCUCAAUUUUAA